AUGAUGACAAAAUUUUUUGCUUAUAGAACUGUUGCAGAGGCUUUUAAGCAUAAUUACACCAUCAACAGCAGGAUGAGUGACGACAUUUUUGGUGGACAGAUAUUGGCUGACAAGCUGUCUAAACUCAACAGUUCUCAACAGAGCAUAGAAUCGUUAUCCCGUUGGUGCAUUUCUUACCGGAAGAAAGCCAAACAAAUAGUCGAAACAUGGGAUAAGUUGUUCAAAUCUGCACAGCGAGAGCAGCGAGUUUCAUUUUUGUAUUUGGCCAAUGACAUUUUGCAAAAUAGUAGGCGAAAAGGCAGUGAGUUUGUGAAUGAAUUUUGGAAGGUCCUUCCUGCAUCUCUCAAGCAUGUUUAUGAAAAUGGUGAUGAAAAUGGAAAGAAAGCAGCCUCCAGACUGGUAAUGUCUUAUCCACGAAGAAUGUUUAUCCUUUGCGGUAUACCACUGUGUAGAAAAUUGAGAGAGUGGAAGUUAUUCUCUGUGCUAAAAUAA